AUGCAUCAGUUGAUUGUGUUCGCUUUACAACAACAAGGAUUAGCAUUUUGUGGCCACGAUGAAUCUAAAGGUUCAAGUAAUCAAGGAAAUUUUCUUGAAUUGUUGCGGUUUCUUGCUAAACACAAUGAAGAAAUUGAUAAGGUAGUCUUAGAUAAUGCUCUUGAAAAUCAUCAAAUGAUUGCACCGCAUAUUCAAAGAGAUAUAGCAAAUGCAGCAGCAAGUGAAACUCUAGAUGCUAUUCUUAAAGAUCUUGGAGACUCGCCAUUUGCUAUCCUAGUUGAUGAAUCUCAUGAUAUAUCUGCUAAAGAACAAUUGGCAAUUGUGUUGCGUUAUGUAGAUAAGCGGGGCCAUGUGAUUGAACGUUCUUUAGUCAUUACACAUGUUCGCAACACCACAGCUGUAGAAUUGAAGAAGAUAAUUGAUUCAGUGCUUAGCAGGCAUAAUUUAAGUAUUAGCAGAUUGCGAGGACAAGGAUACGAUGGAGCUAGCAAUAUGCGAGAUGACUUGUUUGUGUCUUUUAACAAAGAGAAUUUGCUUCGUCUUGCUCAAUUAUAUUCGAAUGAUUUUUCAACAGUUCAACUUAUCACUUUAGACAACCAACUUGAAACAUAUAUCUUUGACAAGCGUUCCAGUGAUGAAUUUGCAACACUCAAAGGGAUUGGACAACUUGCAGAAAAAUUGGUAGAGACGAAAAAGGAUGUCAUAUAUCCCUUGGGUGAAGGCCUUGAUGAUGUAUGUGACAACUACCACGAGUGUAAGCCGCUUCUAUUGACCAGCAAUAAUGAAGAGGAUCUGCAGGAUGACAUUGACUACGUUGAUAUGAGUAUCAGGAGGAAUAGUAAACGACAGAGGUCCCCACAGGUAGACGACCACGGGUAUAGACUAGUGGACUUUUACAUCCCCUUUGAGUACAAUCUCGAUGCGAUUAAAAAUGACGCGUUCUAA